GACAUGAUGCAGUGCAACAACAUCAGUCAACAGUGAGAUGGCUGCUCGAGAGAGCGGUGUUGUUUUGUACAAAACUUUGUUGAAGGAAUUGAGGCGAGUGCAUCCUAAGAAUGCUGAAGAAUCUGCUGCAUAUUCUUUUGUCAAAGACCAGUUCAGGAAAUUCCAAGUAACUGGAGAAAAAACAUGCAGGGCCUCAAAUGAAGUUCAGCAUGUGGCAGAAACAUAUAUCUGUUUUCUUCAAAGUGCUCGAAAAUUUGAGGAGCUGAACAUGCAGUAUAAGGGUAAAGGGGAGGCAACUGUGGAGGACAGUGCUCAUCGUGUUGGUUUGGCAGUCCCAGGUGACAUACCAGAUUGUGAGAAAUGACAGUUAUCCAGACAGUGUCACGGGAGACUGAUGAAGAGACUGCUGAAGAGACGGCUGCUGUCACUAUACCGAUGAUGAACGCUGUCGUAUUAAUAGUGAGACAUAACCUGAUCAUACAAGGAGGUCUCAGACUAGUUUACCCAGAAUGUUCUGUUGUGAAGUGCUUGAUUUAUUGCUACAGUUUUGAAGGUUGUUGAACUCUGUGUGCGUGUUCCGUCAAGAUGAAAAUUAUUACUCUGUAAAUAUACAGUGUAUAUAAAAUUUCGAUUUCUUAUAGGCUGAAAAAUGUUUUUUGUUGAGCCUAUCGUGAAUUAUUAAAGU